AUGGAAGUUUUCGACGACUUUUUACAGUACACCACUGGAAUUUAUGUUCAUUUGGCUGGAAAUAAGCAGGGUCAUUUGUCAACCUCUCACGACGCGAGAGAGAGGUGGCCAGAAUGUUCCUCAAUUCCAUUGAUCAAUGACAUUUCAGAGUGCAAAUCCAGUUGGGCGUUUGCUGCCGCCGAAUCAAUGUCCGAUCGGUUAUGCAUUAAUUCUGGCGGGAUGAUAGAUACAAUCCUCUCUGCUCAAGAAUUAUUGAGCUGCUGCACAGGAGUGUUAUCGUGUGGAGAGGGAUGCGCCGGUGGAAACCCGUUCAAAGCUUGGCAAUACUGGCAGAAACACGGCCUGCCAACCGGUGGAUCCUAUGAAUCUCAAUUCGGAUGCAAACCGUAUUCCAUUGCUCCAUGCGGGAAGACUAUCGGAAACGUGACCUACCCACCAUGCACCAACACAACCCUGCCUACCCCAACUUGUGAGAAAAAGUGUAAACCGGGAUGCGCCGGUGGAAACCCGUUCAAAGCUUGGCAAUACUGGCAGAAACACGGCCUGCCAACCGGUGGAUCCUAUGAAUCUCAAUUCGGAUGCAAACCGUAUUCCAUUGCUCCAUGCGGGAAGACUAUCGGAAACGUGACCUACCCACCAUGCACCAACACAACCCUGCCUACCCCAACUUGUGAGAAAAAGUGUAAACCGGGGUACCCGGUAGAUCUGGAUAAGGAUCGGCAUUACGGCGUGUCGGUAGAUCAACUUCCCAAUCGUCAAAUCGAGAUUCAGAGUGAUGUGAUGUUGAACGGACCCGUCGAGGCUACUAUGGAAAUUUACGACGACUUUUUACAGUACACCACUGGAAUUUAUGUUCAUUUGGCUGGAAAUAAGCAGGGACACUUAUCAGUGAGGAUACUUGGAUGGGGAAUGUUUGAAGGUGUUCCGUAUUGGUUGCUGGCUAACUCAUGGGGCAAGGAGUGGGGAGAGAAUGGCACCUUCCGUGUCCUCCGUGGAGUCAACGAGUGUGGUCUCGAAGCGAAUUGCAUCUCGGGAAUGCCCAAAUUGUCAUGA